AUGGCCCAAGGUAGCAGCCGGAACUCGUCCACUUCCCCGAGACUUCCCCACGAGAUACCAGCACUCGCCAGCAGAAUCUGGUAUGCGAGCGACAACCUUCGACGGAUCGAGUUGCUCUUCGGCAAGUUGAGAGAGAUGAUCGACGCUUCCGCGAGCAAGAAUCAUAUUUGGAGUCAGAUUUCCAGAUUUGAAUGCCUUCCGGCAUUUGGCCAGGACUUGUGCUCUCAGAUAGCCCUGGCAUCCGAGCUUUUCGCGACUGAUCAUACAGCAACAGGGACCGCCGUUCUGAAGAAGGCAUUUGCUUACAUUGGCCAAGUCGCUCAAGAGGAAGAUAUCUUCAUUUAUGGACAGCUUUUUAUCGACAUACCCUUUGUUCUUCUUGAUUACCAGCAGCACCGUAUUCUCCAGUGCUAUUUGAGUCAUUUGUACGGCGUACUGGAUACCCCGGAGAAGCGAUGCCACCCGAUUGCGCAAAUGGCCCUAUUGAUGCAGCACAUCACCAACGAAGACAACGACAAGGUUAUCGAGAGCAUCGAACGACUUCAUUAUAUCGCAGCGGACCGAUAUGAUGCAAUUCACCACGCUGUCAACUUCAACAGCAUUGAACGGCGGAUGGAGGCCGUGCUGUUCAACGGAGGUAACGGUCAAAGCCAAUCUGAUUUUGACAGGGUGCUUGCCAGCUUUGAGGCCCUACUUGAGGAGGCUAUUCAAGAGCAUGGAGAAGUUUCUGAGACUACAAUUUCGAUGAAGAAUGGAGUCCCUGGCUUCUCUGGAAGCUUGGUGAGGUCCAUUACGAGCUGUCUAGAUUCUAUAUCGACGAAGGACAUCAUGAAGCAGGUCUUCGAGAGCUCGGCUCCUGUGUGA